AUGGCAAGUAAACUUCAAAGAAAGCCUCCAUUUCUACCCCAGUCCAGCAAAUGGCCUUGGAAGACAAGAUCAUGUGGCUUAAUCAAAUUCGAUCACGUAAGUCUGGGUUGGAUCGAUCUGGUGAUUGUUUGAAAAUCUUUAGUUAAUCAGUAUUUUGAUACGGUGUGUUGGCAUUGAGGGGGUGUUCAUAAAAAGCCGAUUCGAGCGUAACAAAUUCACAGCCAAAAUUCACGAUGCAUGUCACUGUCAGAGGAUCAACUCAGAGAAGAUAACCUUCAGUUUUUAUUUUAUUUUCUUUUUUAAAAAAGUCCCUUUCAAUUAAUUUUUUACUUUGCUUUGUGCGUACGAUCUCUUGCAGUGUUCUGAUAAUUAGUGAAACACUUUUAACGAGCUACAUUCCAAAGAUUGUUUACUUCGAUAACACUGACGCAAUGAAUUUUUUCUUUCUUCCGCGAUGAAACCUCGGCUUGGUUGAAGGCCACAACAAAAUGGAAAAUAUUUAACUAAAAUACGCUAAGUUACCCUUUCCAAGAUUUUACACAUCCUUGAUGAAAAUUUAAAACCAAGAACACUGCAUUUUAAAUAUUAAUUUCACAUGUUACCAGAUGCGACAGGAAACUGACAAAAACUUUACUUGAAGAUUAAGCUAUUAUCUAAUUUCAGAACUAUCAGUUCAGGAUUAAAAUGUGACUAGUAGAAAGUUCAAAGAAUAAUUAUUCUUGCUGUGGCGUAUUUUGACUUUUGCAAAAGUUUUAGAUGUUUUAUCGCACGUGUUGUCUUUGCAUCAGAGGCAAACCACGUGUUUAUACUUUAUGCUCGUGAGGCCUCAUGGGAAUGGCCUUAUCUGACAAGCCAGCGACGGCCAUGCCAAGAAUGGCCUUUCUUUUUUAGGCCUUUUGCAUCCGGUUAGUUCAACUACCAUCCUUUGUCCUAAAUAUGUUAUUAUGCAGUAUUCGGGGCCGCAAAUAAUUGCUGUGCGUGUCUUUGGGAUUAUUUUCGCGGCUGGGUUGUCUACUUCAACACAGUUUUGCAAACGCAGCAAGUCACACCCCCGAUUCGUCACACGCUUAGGAUUACGCUGUACUCGUUGUUGACUGUGGGACGUUUUUCUUGUGUUUAGAUCCGUCCAAUGAGUUUUCCAUGUGUUCUUGGUAUGAACGAAGUUGGAUGGGAAGAUGGAGCGUACCACAGCAAUGGUAUGCCUCCAAAACUUGGCGGACGCACCAGUAAUGGGGGAUCGAAGACAAACAACCAGGGCUUCGAAAUAGUAGGCACAAAGUCGAACGGGGAAGUCGCAAGUUAUCUGUUCCAGCGCCAAGGCGUCGCUACAAGCUUUUCCAAAACAGUUGCAGAAAACGAAAAAGGGAAUUUUUCGGGCCAAAGAUGGUCUUCUGUAGGUGAAGGAAUGUCGGAGCAAGUAAGUUUUAAUUCUUAGAAUCUUAGACUUGGGUUUGUCAACAUUUGAGUAGUGACUUGCUUGCAAAGCUGGAAUGAAAGUUCAGAUAAAAUCUAACUGAAGGCGUCCAGCUUUGCAACAGGAAACUGCAUUUUUUUGUUAGUUAUGAUGAAGAAGAUGGAAGCAAGCUAUUGUGCCUAAAGUUCAUUGAACGAAGAUUUAGUGCGAAUAUAUACAUAAGAGUCGAAUGGCUCUGUUGCAAAUCACGAGGAGCAUUGGAACAUUUAUUAGUCGGUUUAUGAGCGUCGUUUUAUUUACUCAAGCAGCGUCCUGUCGUAUUUUCUUGUAGAUCUCUGAAAUUGUUCGUGUCACAAUUUGAUAUUGCGGGACCAGAAAUGUUUAAAAGCUGCUUGCAAAUUGGAUAAUGAAUGCACGAAUUUUUUUGUUCAGCCGCCUAACCAGUAAAACGAAAUGCUAGUAGAGAGUUCGAGAUCGAAUGCUGGUGUAUUCACGCAGAGUAAAUGUUUUCUUAUUCAUCUUGCUUUGUUGUCGUGCUGUUGUGCCGUGCAAAGGAAAAAGCUGAUUUAAUGAAAGCAUUCCUUUGUUCCAGCUUUGAAAGUCAUCUAGUCGUGUUUUGAUACAAGGAUAAAUAAAUUAAUAUGAAUAUCUUGGCUUUAAUGAGUGCAAUAUUAGUAAGCUUGGCAUUAUAACUGAAAGUGAAUGCUGGAAAUACCCUUGGGAAUUUUUUGUUUCUGUGGCCUGCAUUUCUCAUCCACUCUUCAGCAAGUGAGGCACAUAAUUAAUAUCUAGUUAAACUGAACUUAACCUUGUAGAAUGGAAAUGUCAUUGUGAAAAUUAUGCCUUGAACUAUGGAGAUAGAAAUUCAUUUUAAAAGCUGCUAAGAAUUCAAGUACUUGGCCUUUCAAUAGCACAUCAUGUAUACAGUGUGCAAGACCACAUGUUUUAAUGUUCCUACAGUGAGGGCUUGAAUGAUUUUUUUUUGUGUGUGUGUAGUAACUUCCUUAAUGAUUUCUGCUCACUAAGUUUGAAGCCAUUUGUAAAGUAUCUUUUUGAGCAUAUCCACCUCUGAUCUCUUUACUUGGAGGCAAUUAUGGAAAUAUUAGGCUUAGCUCUAACCUUCUGAGUCUGUGACAAAAGCAUUCCUAAACAACCUUUUCCAUAAGGCUAACAUUAUGGUGUUACAUGUUAUUUUUGUUUCAUCUCUUUGCUACAUAAAAUGUGCUAUUUUUAUUAAAUUUUCAUUAAGGGCCCACUAGGGAGCUUUCAGUUUUGUAUUUGUAACUUUCAAGCACUCUUGUUGUAGGUAGUCUUAUAAAGUUUGUCUCUGUCUACAUGUGGGAAGUCUUCAUGCUAAAUGGUCCCCUAGUCAUAAAGUCUGUUGCAGAUCUCUUCGGUGAUUUGGUUUUGUUUAGAAUAAAAGACAGUGGAAACUCUCCUAACGGGCACUUUUGCAAGUGGACAGCCGUACAUAUGUCCACCUUCACAAAUCCCCAUUUUUCUCAACUCCCAUAGAAACUCUGUAUUUUUACAUUUCUGUAAAUGGCCAGCUUCAGUUACAGACACCUUUUCCGCAUCCCAAGGGUGUCCACUCACGAGAGCUUCCACCUUACUCUACUACUCUGCAUGAAUAAUAGUAAUUCAUAAGGUCACAUGUUCAGCCUUCAGUAGCCAGGAUGAAUUUUAACUUGAACAAGCUGGCUCGGUUUUCAAACUUGAACUUCUGAGUUCUUGAAAAAUUUCCCAAAAAUUGAGAUGUUGCUUAAAAACUUUCUUUUAAAUUUCCUAGUAAGAGUGAAUAUCUUUUUUAAUCAUACAUCUUGUAUGUUGUGGUUCAGUGAGCUGGCUAGUUGUAGUUAUUUUACUACUGUAACAGUAGUGUCAUGUAAAAGCUAAAAGCAAUCUAAUCAAGAACAUAGCUAUCGCAAAGAUAACAUUACUGUCCAACGUGACACCCAGUGGGUUGGCCCUCACUGGCUCUGUCGUAGUGGCUGUAAGGAGCUGAGUGUCCUCAGAGACACAUCACCCAUGAUGUCUGUUCCUUGCCAUGUCGUUGGAGAUCAAAACUGCCCCCAGUGUCUUACUUUGUGAGCACUGGUUUGGUGCGGUGCUUUGUAUAUUCCUUGUGCUUUCCAGAGUCACUAUGUGACCAUUACUGGGGAGAUAAACCAUACAGUUAACAAUUUUAUCUCGUAUGUAUGAUAAAUUUUACUUACCAUACUAGAAAAUCAAUAGGGCUAGUACAUGCUAGCUACAGCAUGACUGACUUUCUUUGCACAGUGAAUGUUUUUUCAAUGUUGCUUGUGUCAAAAAAGUUCUGGUAACUGAAAACUUUGCAUGCAGUGCAUUAUUUGAGUGUAAUUGGUAAACCUUCAAGAAUAUUUCCAUUAUUUCAUUCCAUGGGAUUGUGAAAAGCAAAAAAUGCCAACAAACUAGAGUACUGCUCAAAAGGUUCUAUUUGAGUGAUUUUAAAGGUUUGAGCUACAUGACUUAUCAUAAUCAAGUCGAAAUUAUGAGUAAAAGGACAAACUCUGCAGAUCAAAAAACUGUCUUGUAAAACAUAAUUUAAAAAGUUUGUUACUUUCAACUACUCCCGAGUAAUCAAACAUAAUUUGACGAAGCUGAACAUUUGUAAUUUCAUACAAAAUCAAGGUGCAAAGAAAGUCAGUUUUACAGCCUGUCAUUCGGGCAAGCUGUAGAUAGCAUGUACUACCCCGCAAGUCAUUUCAAUUAGCCCCAAAACCCUUUUUGAUUAGCAGGAUUGAUAACAAUCCUUCUGUAAGUUGAAUUUCCCCCAAAAAACAGCACUUGCCCAUCGGGCAAGUUAAGAACAAAAAACACUAUCCCAAUAGCAAAAUCCACUAGCCCGAAGCUAUCGGACACAACUUUCUUUGCACGCUGAAAAUGCAGGCUGACAACGGUUUUUUCCUUCUCAGGGAAAUAACAAAGAUGGAGAACUGGAUGACAAGUUCCAGAGCUUGUCUUUGAACAACAAUGAAAAGAAAGCUGACACACCAAUAGAAGAGGUAUGUUUAUGAAGGCAUCUACAAAUAGAUUGAAACAAACUCAAUUCUAAAAAUCCUAUAUAUUUUGAAAACAUGGUGUUUACUACUUCUCAAAGUACCUGUAUAAAAACAUAGUUUUUAAUGUUCCAACGUGACACCCAGUGGGUUGGCCCUCACUGGCUCUGUCUUAGUGGCUAUAAGGAGUGGAGUGUCCUUGGAGACACAUCACCCAUGAUGUCUGUUCCUUGCCAUGUCGUUGGAGAUCAAAACUGCCCCCAGUGUCUUACCUUGUGAGCACUGGUUUGGUGUGGUACUUUGUAUAUUCCUUGUGCUUCCCAGAGUCACUAUGUGACCAUUACUGGGGAGAUAAACCAUACAAUGGACAGUUUUUGUUAUAGUAAACCUCGAUAUAAUGAACCUCUGUUUGGUAUACGAAAGAUUUUGUCUCUACAGUAUCAGUAAAAUGCGAGAGUUUCUAGAGUUUAUGAAUACCAGAUUGUUGCUAUGUACAUGUUUUUGUUUUUCAGUGAAUCUCUCUUGUGAUUUGUAUACAUAGGUGUAUCUAGUAGAUAGUUCUCAGUAUUCUGCUGUUAAACUUUAAUUUGCGUGUAUCUCAUUACAGAGCAUUGUCUUAAUUUCCAUAGAUUGCUUCUACUGCUAAGAAGCUUUGGGAUGUUCAGGACUCAGGGGAAGAGAACCAGGGAGGAAUGACUACUGGGAUCUUUUUUGGGGAGCAGUGGAGAGAAACUGCGUGGGGCCCAUCAGUGCCACACAUGGCACAGUCAGAGCACGCUGUGUCUCAGCCCAUCAUGGUACAAAGGCCUGCUAAAGGAGGUAACUUUAACACUGGUUCUGAGUCGCAAAGUGUCCUUUCUCCAAGGUCAGCAGAUGGUGUUGGACUCAGUAUGGUUGAGUAUGUCUUAGCUUCUUCACCAGGUGGACAGGAACUGGAUGCACAGAUUAUUAAAGCAGGAUUUGUAAGUUUUGUUUUUGUUUCUUUUAUGAUGAUGAUGAUCAGUAUCAUAAUUUUUUUUUGCCUGCCACUACAUAAUAUAUGAAAUGUUGCUUAGUAUGGGGCCACACACACUGACUGUUUUUUUGGGGGAUACUCGGCACCGUUUGUUCUGUCCUUAAUAUAAUUAAGUGUCCAGCAUUUUUCGCAGAAUCCACCUUGGCAUCAGCAAGGUUUUUGUUGUGAUUAUUGUUAUUCUUGUUGUUGUUAUUGUUGUUGUUGUUGUUGUUGUUGUUCUUCUUCUUCUUCUUCUUCUUCUUCUUCUUCUUCUUCUUCUUAUUAUUAUUAUUAUUAUUAUUAUUAUUAUUAUUAUUAUUAUUAUUAUUAUUACUAUUAUUAAACUACCCCUUCUAUCCGUACUUUGCCACUUUGUUGCACAGGGUACAUCCCCAACUACUGAUGUUUUAUCUGAUAAGGGACCCAAAGCUAAAAAUGAAGGCAAGGGAAGCAAAGGAGGCUCGCCAUUUGAGGAGGAUACUGGUGAGGAGAUAAAGAAAGUUCUUCAAGAUGAGCAAGGACAUGAAUCUCCGAAACCUGUCCCUAAGCAAACUGUAGAAGAUGACAAGGCUGCUGCAACUUUCAGGUAAUGGUAACACCCCCCCGGUUGUUUCAGUUUGUUGUUCUUGUUUGUUGUUUUUUUUUUUCUCCAGCCCAUAGAAAAGUGAAUCAUUUUUUCAGUAUUACUGUCCAACGUGACACCCAGUGGGUUGGCCCUCACUGGCUCUGUCUUAGUGGCUGAGGAGCUGAGUGUCCUCAGAGACACAUCACCCAUGAUGUCUGUUCCUUGCCAUGUCGUUGGAGAUCAAAACUGCCCCCAGUGUCUUACUUUGUGAGCUCUGGUUUGGUGUGGUACUUUGUAUAUUCCUUGUGCUUCCCAGAGUCACUAUGUGACCAUUACUGAGGAGGUAAACCAUACAAUGAACAGUUUUUGUUAUAGUGGACCUAAAUUAAACGACCCUCUAUAUUGCAAUAGCAAAGCCAUCAGUAUAACGAGGCACUGACAUAGUUUAUUUUUCUGCGAGGAGCUCAUAGCCAUCAAAAGUACUUUUGUUGAUCACUGACAAGCUAUUGUAGAUAAAGGUUUAUAGAAAGAGUUCUAAAGUAGGGCUCAUACAGGUCAUGGAAAACCUGGAAUGUCAUGAAAUUGAAUAAUUUCAUUUUUCAGGCCUGGAAAGUAAUGGAAUUUAAUUGUCGGUCCUGGAAAUUUAUGGGAAUUUAGUCUGGUCGAUUAGUCACUGUAGAUGUCAUUACUGAGUUAGGUCUGAAAAUACCCUUAAACAAGGAAAAUGUUUGGAAAUUUUUAACAUAGCAGCUAAACCUAGAUGGUCAUGGAAAACUUGGAAAGGUCAUGAAAAAAGUCAUGGAAUGAAUUGAUGUGCUGUAACAGAUAUGUUAGAAAAGUAAAAGCUGUACCCUUGGCAAAGAAAUUGUUGUCACACCACAACCCUACCCUCCUAAAAUGACCAGUGGCCCUGUUUGGCUAUGGUGGCUUUUGAAUAAUAAUUUAUUAUAAUGAUACUUUAUUCAAAUACAUAUGCAUAUAAACAUGAUACAUAUUUGAAAAGGUGGACCAAAAGGUUAUGUCUAUAAAAGGUUCCCUAACUGAACUUUUAAAAUGAAAAAAAAUACAUUGAAAAUCCUUAUUGUAGGUGCAAAAUGGUAUAUUAAGAAUGAUAUCUAAAGUGAAAAUAUGUACAAUUAAAAUAUGAGCUAUUAUGUCAAUAAAUUUUCAUCCACCUUUUUAAGCCUUUUUUUAAUUUGUUAAAACAUUAAUUUCAUCUGUAAAGAGGUGGUUUGGUAGAUUGUUCCGGGAAGGAGUACGUAAGGGAGUUAACUUAAGCUGAUUUCGUUUGCAUCUUGUAUAGAAGGUUGGCUCUAAUGUUUUUACUUGUACAAUACUCAAAGUAGUCAUUAAAGUCUAGACCAUAAUGCUGUCUUGUAGCAUUCCACUACAGACAGGUAUUCUCUUUGAUACAAGUGUGUUCCAGUUUAGCAAUUUACAUUGUUCUUUGUAUGACAUCAUGCGUGGUUUUUGAACGAGAGCAAUUCACUAUGUUCUUUGUUGCACUUUUUCGAUAUCCAACUUAUUAGAAGGAUAAUCAAAAUGUUUAUGUAAGGUGUCUUUAUCAUUGACAGUAAUAAUAAUGAUGAAUUAAAAGACUGAUAAAUGAUAUUAAUUUUGUUUGAUAACAUGUGUUCCUUAUUUGAUUUCCUUGAUUUUGGAAAAAAGUGUGAUUCAAUGAGGCUUUAAAUUUCAAAUAGGUAGACCUUUGGGCCUGUCUAAAGUGCAUCGAGGGGUCAAAGAGAGCCAGUCAUUUUCUUGUAAAAUAGAUUUUUCAUGGCACUUCAUAGGUGGUGAUUUUCAUGUUACAAUUUGUCAGUUCUUCCUUUCAACAGUUGACUUAGCAGUAAGUAGGUCCAUGAAUUGAUAAUUCAACCAAUUUGUGGUGUGCAUUUUACAAUAUAAUUUCUCACGGUUUGAGUUGAGGCAGGUGUCAUCAAAAAUACAGAUCACAUGCUAUGAAAGAUAUAUAUUUUAGUCUGAUGUUAAGUCCUCUCAAGCAAGUAAAUGUUCUUUUAGUCACUGCUAUAAUGUGCAGUGUGUUCACUUAGUGUGUUACUUAACAGUACAAUAUAUAUUUGAUUUAAAACAAGACCUUGACCUUGCUAAACAAAAAGCUCUUAAUUUAUUCAUCUUUUAGAUGUGAAUAUUUUAUUAGGAGUAUGACUUAUUCAUGAGUUUUGUCUGAAUUGGGACUGCAUUUUGCCAGCUUUUCUUCGUAGGAAUCAAAGAAACUGACCAAUUUCCCUUUUCAUAGGAAAUAUUUAGUUUGACUCUGAUUUUUAGCUAGGUAUUUUGUUUUGCAAAGCAAGGAAGUAUUUAUUAGCCUCGAAUUUUCUGUGGGCUUAAUAUUGACAACUGUUAUGCAUUUAUGAUAUUUGCAUGUUCAGAGUUGCAAGGUAUGCCCUCUUACCUGUUCAUUUUGUUAUCAGUUUCACUUUCUUCAAGUAUAAAUUGUUCCAAAUCGGAUCAUCAUCAAAAUGUUAAUGUUUUGUUUCUGAUGCAUCUAAAAUGCUUUCAAGUGAUUUCAGCUUAACUGGCCAUGUUUACGUUUCAUUGUCAAUUGCAUCUUACCUAAUUUCAAUGGUCCAUGUUUGAUUUUGAUUUUAUCAAAAAAACAAGGUAAAGUUGUUUUCGCUAGCUUGUUCCUAGAGUUUUUAAAAUUAUUGCCUUCUUGGAAAGUUUAACAUUUAAUUACAUUAAUUUUAUUUUGAAUAACAUUGUGUAUGCUUUAUGCUGUUUCUUUUUGCAAAUUAGAUGUGAGGUUUUGUUGACUUUCUGUGUAAUGUUGCAUGGAGAGUCUAAGCCACCACAAAAUAAAUUUGGCAAGAAAAAUCUCUGAUCUCAGCAUCUGUAAAACUGAUAAAACAGAGCCACUGGUAAAUUUUCACUUAGUUGCUUUCAUUUUCAUGGUUUCACCAUAGGGUUCUGUUUAUACUUUGAAAAGGUAAAACCACAUUGAACAGCAUAAUAAACACACAAAGCAGUGUACUAUAAAAAGAUUAUGCUUCAUUUUUUUGUUUGAAACAUAGGACAAGCCAAAAGUUGAACCAGGUUUAUUUAACCCCAAUAAAAGGAAAAGGCCUGAUAUUAAAGACAUUAUUUUCUGCUCUAGUCAUUUCAAUAAAAUUUUCUCAGUGUAAACUCUAACAUAACAAAUAACCCACAGCGAGGAACAUUUUUCCUAGUUGGUAAUGUGGGAAUUAUGCAAACCAUUUUUAAGUCCCUGAAAUGUAGUAAGUUUGUUUUUGUUUGGUUAUGUUCUUGUUUAUUAGAUUUACAUAUUUUGUCUGUUGUUUCUUCAGCCGAACUCCAGGCAGUAGACAGCCCUCUCCUACUACAAGUUCACAGCAACAGGAUGCUCAGCAGGCCACCCAAACUGCCCACACAACUCAGCCACCCAUGGGGCAGAUUAAGCCUAAUAUCUACAAACAGCCAGAUUCUAUUGAAGAUAUUGCACCUCCUGUGGCAUUGAUAGAUCCUCUUGAAAGUGUGCAUCUAGAACAGCUUCCAUUUGCGCAGCAGAGGGAGCCAGCUGUUGGCACUCCUACCAGUCCUUCAGACUUUGUAAUGGUGACAGGGGCAUCUCUGCCAAACAAUGUCAUUACAUCGCAGCAAAACCAAUCACUCCAGAUGUCCCAACAGCAUCAGAUUGCACUGGCAAUGGCUGCCCAACAGCAACAGCAGCAACAACAACAACAGCUGGGAUUACAAUCCAGUCUGCAAUCUACUGGUCUUGGUCAUCCAAAUCCUUAUUUCAUAACAGCUCAGCCAACGCAGGAUCCAUAUGGCAAUCCAUCUCUAGCUGCUGUAAGUGGGGGUGCCCCUCAAGUGGUCCAUCCUCAUCAGUACGCAGCAUACAGUGUCCAGCCAUGGGGGGUGUAUUCCACAACAGGUGCAACAAGUAGUGGAGGGUAUCUUCAGCAGCAGCAGCAACAACAGCAGCAACAACAACAGGCUCAACAUGCACAGCUUCUGCGAUCCAACUCUGGUGGCAUGGCGGGGCGUCCAAUGCAGGGGCAGAUGGAAAUUAUUGGAACACCCCCGUCACACCAGCAGCAUUCCAUGGCUGCUGCAGCUUCUCCUGGUACAAACUAUCAGCUGAUUGCACCACCUGGUGCAGCACCAUUAGGAUUAGGAACAACUGCAUACUACGAUCAGUCUGGAAACUUGGUGCUGGGUAAUGCACAGAAUGUGAACAACAUGGCCACAGCGCAGAUGGCUGCAGGGCAGAUGGGCACACUGAGGAUGGUUUCUCCAGUUGUGGUGAAUGCCCAGAAUGCUGGUGCUAGCUCAGUGGCUGCAGGUAGAAUGGGAAGUGCCAGCUCAAUGGGUGGGGCUUCCAGCAUAGGCUUGUUUGGACAGCAAACUCAGCAGCAGCCACAGUUAAAUAGUAGUGCCUUAGGAAUGCUUGGUAAUGUUGUAGGAGGAUCUUCUGGUGUUGGCGCUGUGGGGACCAUCCCUGGGGGAGGAGCGACAAGACGAGAAUCAAUGAAUGCUACGGACUAUGGUAAGAGAGCAGGUAUUGCACAAUACUAUGCAACCCCUAGUGGAAUGAGCAGCCUUGCCAGUUUAUCUAUCUCAGCACAGCCCUCUUACAAUGCCCCGCAAGAACUUCCAACCCCUCCUCUUCUCUCACAAGGGCAGUCUCCCUUUGGUAGUCAGUCUGGUUACGGAGGGCAGUCAGGAUUCACUGUAGGCAGUCCUAUCUCAAAUGGUCUCUCGCGCUACAUGCAGCUUGCUGCUGCUCCUCGGGAGUCUACCAAGUACCAGGGGUCUCUAGGCGGCUUCAGUGGGAUGCAGUUUGGUGCAUCUGCCUUAGGUGGAAGUAGCUUAAGAGGUUCCAGAGGCAAAGAAACUGGUAGAAGCAGGCUGUUGGAAGACUUCCGCAAUAACCGCUACCCUAACAUUCAGUUACGUGACCUGGCCAAUCACAUUGUAGAGUUCUCUCAAGAUCAACAUGGCUCGAGGUUUAUUCAGCAGAAGCUUGAGCGGGCCUCUCCUAAUGAAAAGCAGAUGGUCUUUCAUGAAAUCCUCCCAGCUGCUUACAGCUUGAUGACAGAUGUAUUUGGAAAUUAUGUGAUACAGAAGUUCUUUGAGUUUGGUAGUCCUGAGCAGAAGCAUCUUCUUGCCAACUGCAUCCGUGGUCAUGUGUUACCACUUGCCUUGCAAAUGUAUGGAUGUCGUGUGAUACAGAAGGCACUCGAGUGUAUUUCUCCUGACGUUCAGGUAAGGGAUAACUUGUUUCACUGUCCAAGAGUGAUCAACAUCAAUUUUCUCCCAACAGUAGUAAUACAUUGUGAAGAGAAUAAUUGACAAUUAUUGGACGAGGUUAAGCAAAAUAUCGUGAUUUGUCUGUGCCAAGCAGAUCAAUUAUUUGCCAAAGCCAAAGGCUGAGGCAAAUUUGACACUGACAAAUCACGAUAUUUUGCAAUAACCGAGUUCAAUAAUCGUUUUAUCAUUCACCGAACACUGAGUUUGUUUUUUUUUAAAGAAUAUCCUGGGUAGUGAAGGGAUCUGCCAUUUUCACGCAAGAGCGAUUGCAAGAAGGAGAAAAGCACGGUUUCCUUUACGCAUGAGCAGAAUAUUAUUUGCACUAACCAAACACAGUUGGACGGCAUUGCACAUGAGCAGACCAUUAUUUGUAGGCAGUUAUUUGCAGGUCACAUGGUGGGCUUUUGGCCAAUGAAAAGGAAGAAAAAUUUGCAUGGAAUGAUAAUUCUAAUUAUUGGUUGUGAGAAAUAUAAAAUGAUCAACUUGGUUACAGAAAAUGACCUUUACGAAACGGUGAUGUAGGAGCUGCUUGGAAGGUCUUCCUGAUUCUUUUUUUAAACAAUGGUAAUUCGUUGUUUACCAUUGUUUUCCUGGUGGGUAGCAAACGAAUUCCUUAGGAAAUGUAUGAAUGUCAGUAUGGUGAAUUGGGGCUUAAUGGAGAUCAAUCUAGAGAACUAUGGUUUGUACAAUCUUGGAAAGGUCUUAAAUUUUACUAGUCGUCAUGAAAAGUCCUUAAAUUCGGUCAAAAGUACUUGAUUUCUUUAUUAGGUCUUACAAAAGUCCUUGAAAUUCACAACCUUGGGCACACCAGACAACCUUUUUCUGUAGAAUGAGAUUAUUUUGCCUAGGCAAAUUUGGCUUAUCCUUAGUGUAAGAACCUGUAAAACUCACGGGUAAUGUAAAAACAAUUUUUGUCCAUGAACAAUAUUUUGUUUCCAUUUUUUUUAUUUCAAAUGCUAUUUCUAUACCUCAUAUGCAAUUGCAAGUCAUACCCAGUCAUUUUGCAGAAAGUCAUAUAAGUUAACGUGAUCAAUGAUGGCCGAUGACGUAAAAAUUGUAAAUGACUCCAUGAUGUGUUUUAGCCAAUAAGGGUGACCAAAGGGGGGUUAAAGAAUGCUGAUUUAUCAAAUAAAUCUUAGGUAUUGGGGCAUAAAUUAAAGGGUUAAAUGAAAGUACUGCGAGACAGGUUAUGCAGUUUUUUUGUCCUAAGGCUAGAAGGAUAACUUUUAAUAACCUUAGUGUGGACAACUCUGCUAUGAUGUUCUUUCUUCAGUAACUGUAUCUGUUUUGAAACAGAGGGGUCAUUGUUCUUGUUUUGGUUUAAUUUUAGAAUGACCUGGUGAGGGAGCUGGAUGGACAUGUGCUGAAGUGUGUCAAGGAUCAAAAUGGAAAUCAUGUCGUACAAAAAUGCAUUGAAUGUGUAGACCCAUCGUCACUUCAGUUUAUUAUUGGAGCAUUUCAAGCACAGGUAAUGGGCAGCAAAGUAUAGUUUACUGUGAAAUUUACUGAAAUCACUGCAACUACGACAACAUUAGCAGCUUCAAUAGCUCAUAAAACCUCUUUGUAUAACCAUGUCUCGUAAGUGGGCACCUCCCAUAAACGACCACUUAUCAAAAACACCAAAAUUUUCCCAGUCAAAGCCCUCUAAUAGAAACCUCCCAUAAACGAACACUUCUCUAAGCAACGCCGACUACUAGUUGGCUUGACAGUUUUAUAGUAUUGCAAUGUUUUUAACCUCUUGUACUUGGGGCAUGGUGUAAUCUCUUUGUUCACUCUAUCUACUAUACCAGUCAGAGUAUACAACGAACUUUUAGUAACAACAUGAAACUACAUGUAAACGUACCUGAAAAAUUGCAUGCAAAACGUUGUCUGCUAAAAAGUAAACAUGUCAGGACUUAUUCUUGGAAGAGACUUCCUGUGGUUCAGGUUUAGUAAGCAACCAAUAUCUUUGGAUUUUGGGUGGUCACUUACAGGGGUUUGACUGUAUUGUGAUAUAAUGAUUUCAACCCUCAACACCCAGUCACAGAAUGGUAUUAAUAAAAUAUUAGUAGAUUCUGUUACCAUUAUAUGUGUAACUUGUAAAGUUUAUCUUGAUCUUGUGUUUUCAGGUCUAUGCCCUCUCAACUCAUCCUUAUGGCUGCCGUGUGAUUCAGCGUAUCCUUGAACACUGUAUGCCAGAGCAGACAAGUCCUAUCCUGGAUGAAUUACACCAGCAUACUGAGAGACUAGUACAAGAUCAAUAUGGCAACUAUGUGAUUCAGCAUGUGCUGGAGCAUGGCACACCAGAGGACAAGAGCAAGAUUGUUCAUGAGCUUAGAGGGAACAUACUAAUUUUUAGCCAGCAUAAAUUUGCAAGGUAAUAUUUCCUAGCAAAUAAAAAAAUGUAGAAAAUUGUUGUUAGCCAUUUUCAAGAAAUGCUUUCCUAACAGUAAGAUGGUCCAUUCAGUUGAAACAGUGGUGAUCUAUCCCCUUGCAGACUUCUUAGACUGUGAAAUAUGAAGGUUCGGAUAUGCAAUAAAUAGCCAAUCUGUUACCUUGUCAUAGCCAGAGAAAUAGACUACAGUGCAACUUUUGAAUACAUUCUUUUUCUCUCGCGGUACAGCACCUCAACACUUUAUGUGGGGGUUCUGCGGUGAUUUUUGAAAUGCACAGUGCCUGUGCUGUGUCAUGUAGUCAUAGAUGUGUAUAGUCAUCAUAGGCAAGAUAUUUUGGUUGGACUGUCUUGUAAUAGCUUAACAACAUUGCAGUCACCUGGCUCCUUUGUGGAAGACCCAUUAAUAUUAAUCUGUACUUUUCCUUUCAGUAAUGUUGUGGAAAAAUGUGUGACUCAUGCCUCACGUGCUGAACGAGCUAUGCUCAUUGACGAAGUUUGCGGCAGCAGUGAUAGGUAAGAACCAAAGUCUAUAGUGCAUUUGAUUUAUUUAUUUAUUUGUCAAUGUCUUUUAUUUUUAUUGCAUAACUUUGAUAGCAUUUGCUUUACACAACAUUGUUAGUUUAGUUUUUGGCAACCUCCAAAAGUUGUUGUCACAUGUGCCCAUAAAACAUGUUCUUUUGUAAUUUCUGUACUUUUGAACCCUGUAUUAUGCAGACGUCAUGUCAAAAUUCAACAGAAAUUGCCCAUUUUCUGUUAAGUGAUGGAAAACAAAUAGUACAAUGUUAAAGUACUGAAAAGAAGUUCCAAGUUAAUGGUUACUUGAUAGGAUUUUGUCCACAGAUUAAAAAAUUAGAACUACCGUACAAGACCAUCUUUCAUUUAAGGAGUGAAGAGGUUAAGUGGACACAAGGCACAAGUGUUUAGUUAUGUUUCUCUUUUGUAUCUCCUGAGCAGUGCCUUAUACACCAUGAUGAAAGAUCAGUUUGCUAAUUACGUCAUCCAGAAGAUGAUUGACGUGGCAGAACCUCCUCAGCGAAAAUUACUGAUGCACAGGAUUAGACCACAUGUGCCAACACUCCGCAAGUACACUUAUGGCAAACACAUUCUGGCCAAGUUAGAGAAGUAUUAUAUGACCAUGAAACCAACACCCGAGUUUCUACCUCUUACAAAUGGCCCGUUACUGUAGUAGCUGUCCUGUCCGGUCUUUUGGCAAGAUCUUAAGUGGUUUAACUUGAGUAAUCCCAAGUUAAAACCUUUGGGAAGUUAAUUUUUGGUUUGUGAAGCUUGUGGGCAGCUUUUUCAAUACAUAAUUUAGUUUUGAAAGAGUACUUUUCCUUGACUGAUGCAUUGCUUUGUGAAUGCAUGUCUGCAAGAUUAUAAUACUAUGUGUCAUCAUAAUCUUUUAAAGGGUUCAGUUGAUUUAAAAUUUAAUUAGUACGAUUUAUAAUCCUGUGCUAGAUUUGAAAUCUUAACUGUUUUUUGAUGACAAGUUAUUAUUAAGUUAUUUGUUAAAUCUGUUUUGAUCCAUUUUGAAUUAUGGUGGGUUCCCUUUGAACACAUGCCUUGCAUCCUUGAUGUUAAUAGUAUCAAACUAUUUUAAUUCUUGAUCACCAUUCAUAUUGUUAACUUUCAUCUCCUACCUCAGUGUUGCUUUCAUUUUUAAGGCAAUCAAAGUUCUUUGGCAUGCCAACUCUAAUAAAUAUUAUUGAUGAAAUGUAUUUUAAAAUGUGCAGUAGGAAGUAAAAGCUAGGGAGCAUAGGGUUAUAACAUCAGUAAACGGGCUAGGUCAACUGUCCUUUCUUUUUUUCAUUAUAAUUUAUCUUUCUGAAAUAGCAUAACAUUAUUGGUGACUAAAAAAUGUACAUGUUGCAGCUUGUCUAGAUCACAGGAGUACAUCCACAGUUUAAGCGUUUAGGGCUUUAUGCCUUCCUAUAAAUAAUAGUUUCAAGGAUCAAAAGGGUUGAACCUAAUUUCUGCAACCCUCUAUCUGCGACCAUUUUGGUCGCCAUGGUUCCUAAAAUUUUGGAGCUGGCAACUUGAUCUGUGAAAAAGUCUCCCUAAACCAAAACAGUUGGUUGCCAACUGGUGACCGAGCAAAAACUUUAACUUGGAGGGUUGUUCUGUGUGGCAUAAAAUAUCCUUGCUUUCUGAGACUGUUGCGUUUGCAUGUUUACUCUAUUCUAGUUUCCAUUUUCAUGAGUUUUUCUCUGAAUAUCUCUAGACAAAGCAGCAUCAUAAGUCAACCAGCAAAACGUUUUAUUGAUCUAGCCCUGAUAGAAGUAAAUCUAUCUCCUAAUUUUAUUUUUCAGUGAUCUUUUACGAUUCUUAUAUAGGUAACUGUUCGUAUCAUUGUUUGCUAUUCAAAUCAUUUUCCUCAAUAUUGUUAUUGUGUACUAAGUUAUUGUGAGUUGUAUGUUUUAAGCAGUGGAGGUCUUACUUCUACAGUAGUUCUACCAGUGUCGUUCUUAAUUAGAGGUAGAAAUUUUUGAUAGAUCUGUUGCACAUACUCAAAGUGAACAAAGUGUAAACAAUUUGCAGAAUAUUAUAGUCAUGAUCAAGCAUAUUAUAAAAAUAAGCCAAGCCAUUUAUCCUUUUUUCUUAUGAUCCUAUAUGGGUUUUUAGGAUAUGUUAAUCAAUUUAAUAUCGUUGUAAUAUUAAUACAGUGGAUGCUUUAUUAUGAAACAAGAGCCUUCGAGAAAAUUGAAAUUGUUUAUAUUAAUUAAUGUACAAUUGUACCAUACAUGCAGGAAUCUAACUUAAAACUAUUAUCCUAUUGUAAAUUGUUUUCGUACUGAAUUAAGUCGAAGAACCUUGACUCCAUUACUUGCAGGAGACUCUGAACUUAUUAUUGUACGGGCAUGCUCAACCAAACUGUCUCUUUCUUAGCAGUUCAGUUGUUAAAUAUUCACGUAACUAACAGGAAAGUGUCUUAAGACAUAGAGAAUAACAAUAAUUGUUGAAGUUCAAAAUCGAUGGAAGUGGAUUCUUUGUCGGUGCAGCUUAUUUGAAAUCAGAAAUUUUCCAUCCAUACCAAAUUCGGCACAGCACGCAAAGCAGUUUGGAUAAACAUUGCCCAGUAAAAUAAUUUGUUCUUCUUGUUUAUUAUCACUUUUAAUUUUUAGCGAACUACAAACUCUUAUCAUUCUAUUAUCAACCAGGUUGCUUAUUAUUGUAGCGGUUUUCAUUUGAAUGUCACCGGAAGGGAGUGUUCUUGUAGCUGGUAAAUAAGUGAUCAAAGGCAAGUUAAAAUAACUUAAAAGUGGGUAGGUCGUCUAUAGGUCGUUUAGUACGAGCUGCAAACUCAUGUCAGUCUCGUUAACCAAGUUUCGACUAUGAAAACGACAAAAAUGAUGACGAGUACUUUCAUACAAUUCAAGAUAGACAUGAAAUAAAUUGAUUCUAUAUUUCAGAUUUGACUUAACAUAAUCCGUUUUAAUCCUCUUCAUUUGUUUUCGUUUCUCCCCCUUUGGCUUUACGUUAUUUGGUUCGUGUUCCUGUAGAGCUGGAAGUGGUUAUUUUUGUUAUUUUGUUGUUAUUUAUUGAUUUUUUUUUAGGGGGGGGCGGGGGUGAGCAGAUUAAGUUCUGUUGCAACAUGAAAGGUAAAGUUUUGUUUCCCAAUUCCUUGUUUUACGCGAGUUUUUCUGCCAGUUAAAUUAUUGACUCUUAAUUUAAAGCUAUGCUAUUAUGAGUAUAUUAGGACCAAUUUAAUAAACUGGAAGGUUCCUGCGUCAUAUUAUGAUAGCCACAAGUGAAGCAAAAGUGCCAUGAAAAUACUGCAGGGAAAGAUUGAGCUUGUGAACUAGUGUUUAAUUAAUGGGCGUGCUUAUAUCUACAAUUGUCAUAAUAUUUUUAAAUCUCCCCGACAAAUUACAAGUUCUGCCCUUGAUAAGUAUUGUUAAAUAGUUUAAUCAUGUGUAAUAAGCGCCCAAGUUUCUAGGUUUUGUACGUAUGUUGUGCCAUAGUGAAACUACCUGAAUGAUCGAAGGUUCUAUACAUAUAAGAAAUUUAAGCUAUGUAAAGUGAUGAUUUUCAACUCAAGUAUAUGUACACCUUUGGCCUGUCUGUAACAAACUUCCUGUACAUUUUGUACAUUUGUAAAUGGCCAUCAGCAAAUACAUUAUAUUGCUUUUUAACUGACAUUCUGUAUAGAGAGACCCUGAACAAAACGUAAUAUUAACUUGUUAUAAACUAUAACCAGGAGUACAAGUCUCUAAUGCAAUAUGUUGCAGCCGUCUUGUUUCAGAAAUCCGACGAUGAGCCCCCUUGUCAAAGAUUCAACCCGAUUGAACUCGGAAAAAUUCGAUUAAAAAUCGUAUUUCGUCAGCUAUCUUCGCUUUUGUCAAAUUGGCUCAUUCUGUGUUGCGAUCUGUGAUCUCGGGUCUUUUAAGUGAUAGUCGACUUUCACGCCACGGGAAGAGCACUUGUACUU